AUCCUUGUUGGGCAUCUAUAAACAGGGGGAUUCUGAUCUGUGAUGAGUGCUGUAGUGUUCAUCGAAGUUUGGGGCGUCACAUCUCUCAAGUGAGACAUCUCAAGCACACGCCAUGGCCUCCGACACUGCUGCAGAUGGUUGAAACACUGUAUAAUAAUGGUGCUAACUCCAUAUGGGAACAUUCCUUGCUGGACCCUGCCUCUGUUAUGAGUGGAAGGCGCAAAGCUGGCCCACAGGAUAAAGUGCAUCCCAAUAAAGCAGAAUUCAUCAGAGCUAAAUAUCAAAUGUUAGCAUUUGUUCAUCGCCUGCCAUGCCGUGAAGAUGACAGUGUUACAGCCAAAGAUCUCAGUAAGCAACUCCAUUCCAGUGUAAGGACAGGGAAUCUGGAGACGUGUUUGCGAUUGCUCUCCUUAGGAGCUCAAGCCAACUUCUUUCAUCCCGAGAAAGGAAACACCCCACUCCAUGUUGCUGCUAAGGCAGGACAGACUUUACAAGCAGAAUUAUUAGCUGUUUAUGGUGCUGAUCCUGGUACGCAAGAUUCCAAUGGGAAAACUCCAGUUGACUAUGCAAGACAAGGUGGGCACCAUGAACUGGCAGAGCGCCUGGUGGAAAUUCAGUAUGAACUCACAGACAGGUUGGCUUUCUAUCUCUGUGGCAGGAAACCAGAGCAUAAAAAUGGACAGCACUUUGUUAUACCUCAGAUGGCAGACAG